UGCUGCUGCCACUCACUCUCUCCAGGCCCCGCUAUAUAACCGGGGCUGAUGCAACCCACCCAGCAGCCAGCGUCCCACGCAGCCAGAGAGCGGGCCGGACAGGGAACCACGACGGACCAGGACCAGGACCAGGACCAGCAGCAGCAGCAGCAGCAGGAGCAGGAGCAGAAGACCCGGAGCAGCCACGGCCCUCCUGCAGCGAGGACCGGGCUGGGCUCCACACCACCAGCCUGGAGGAGAAGGAGGAGGAAGAGGAAGAGGCCGAGGAGGGCUGGAGCCGGGCAAAGGCUUCCCGCUGGAGCUGGAGCCCGGGAGCCAGCCUUGCGCCUUCUGCUCGACUGAGGGAUUGUCUGUCCUGCUAUGAUGCCAGGCCAGAUUCCAGACCCCUCCCUGACAGCUGGUGCCCUGCCUGGCCUUGGCCCCUUGACAGGAUUGCCUGGUACCACCUUGACGGCAGAAGAGCUGAAGUAUGCUGACAUCCGCAGCAUUGGGGCCAUGAUCUCACCACUGCAUUUUCUGGAGGUGAAACUGGGCAAGAGGCCUCAACCAGUGAAGAGUGAGCUAGAUGAAGAAGAGGAGAGGAGGAAAAGACGCAGAGAGAAAAACAAAGUCGCAGCCGCUCGAUGUCGGAACAAGAAAAAGGAGAGAACAGAAUUCCUGCAGAGGGAAUCUGAACGCUUGGAGCUCAUGAAUGCCGAGCUGAAGGCUCAGAUAGAAGAACUGAAGCAGGAGAGGCAACAGCUGAUCUUGAUGCUCAACCGUCACCGUCCCACCUGCAUUGUGCGGACAGAUAGCGUCAAAACCCCAGAGAAUGAAGCUAACCCACUUCUUGAACAGUUGGACAAGAAGUGAAAGGAGCAUAGUGAGUGAAGUGAAAAGUAGGUUGGUGAAAGCCAAAAAACCCCAGGAUCUCUGAGCGUCUCUCAUUUAUGUACUGUAUGAAGAACUGUGCACAAGAAAUAAGUGCAAACAGAACACAGAGAGCUUUCUUGAGAACUGUACAUUCCAAGGAAGUGGAGGAGAUGAUUUCGGAAAUAUCACAGCCAUGAGGAGAGGCCUUUCUGGUGCUUCAUUGUAGCACUCUUAGAUAAUCCUUUGUGCAAACCAUGGCAUCGUAUCUCAAGUCUGGAACAUGUUGGGAGCCUAAGCGGUAGUGUUGUGGCUCCCCUACCUUCUUCCUGCAGUGAAUGGCUUGCAGGGACACAACAGUUGGAACACGAGAGAAAUUGGGGUAGGAGGAGGCUGAGGGCAAGGUGCGUGUGAGUGUUUGGGCCUCUACCUUUCUCAUUUUGGAGGGGCGGGCCUAUACCUUUCCCAUGGGAGGGGUUGCUUCUCUCUUCUUCCUCUGUCCAGAACUAAACCAGAAACCAAGAAUGGCAAACACUUGACACAAGUCCUGCCUCAUCGCUGGGCCUGUCUGUGGCAUUGUGGCGCAGGCGCCCCCCACAAGCACACCCUCCGUAAAAUGUUUACAGCCCAGCUGUCCAGGCCAUGCUUUUGAAAAAUGCACAUUUUUACACUUUUUAUAUUUUUAUAAAGUUUUUUAUACAACAGGCUCUAUAUGGAUUUAUAUAAUCACUAGAUGUGAUCUCAUAGAUAUGUAUGUUAUUAUGGUCUUUUUUGUUACAAAUGCAUAUGCCACAGUUAUCUCCAUUGUGUUACUUGUUUUGGUGGUGGCUGGCUCCUUUCCCUUGGCAAGCUGGGAUAUGGGCCUGGGCUUGUUACAUCGGCUCCAUUGCCAUGUCCAUCCAUGUAUGUCCUUCAUAAUACUCAGUCCUGUAUCUCUCAGUAAAUGUUAACUUUUA